AAUAAAUUGAAAAUGCCUUAAUUAAGUUUCACAUCUUUUUAUCUCCAUUCAAAUUCAUAUAAUCAAUUCAAUCGAUCGAUCAGUUAUAAUUCUGAUCGAUCGGAAACCCUAAUUUAAUCUAUACAUACACAUUUUUACUAGUAUCUAUCUUCUAUAUAAUAAUAAAGUUUUGAAAUUUAGGGUUUAGUAGUAGUAGUAAUGGUGAUGGCGGCCGGCGGCGAUGAUACUCGGCGGGCACAUGCUGCGAUGACGAUGGUGCAGCUAUUUGCCGGCGGAUCGCACGUGAUCACAAAAUUGGCCCUAAAUUUCGGAGUUAGUAGGCUUGUGUUUUGUGUGUAUCGUGAUGUGCUUGCGUUGAUGAUUCUUGCUCCCAUUGCUUAUUUUCGUGAAAAGAGAACCAGACCACCUAUAACCAGGCGUUUACUCAUGUCAUUCUUCUUUCUUGGGUUAACCGGGAUAUUUGGAAACCAGCUUUUGUUUCUCUUUGGUCUUGGCUACACUACUCCAACAUAUGCUGCAGCUGUACAGCCUUCGAUUCCUGUCUUUACAUUUAUAUUUGCUACUAUUAUGGGUACAGAAACGGUGAAUUUGCUCCGAACUGAAGGUCAGGCGAAGGUUGGAGGUACAUUUGUUUGUGUUUGUGGAGCCAUCUUCAUGGUUAUGUUCCGGGGACCAGUAGUAUUCGGUUAUUUAGAAAACGACCUAUCGAUACAUAACGAAAUUAGCGCAAAGGGUCAACCAGAGCCAGCUGGAUGGUUGUUAUCUAUCUUUAUUGGUCUUGGGCUUGACAAUUGGCAUCUUGGCGUCCUAUGCUUGAUAGGGAACUGCAUGUGUAUGGCAGCCUUUCUAGCUAUUCAGGCUCCAGUUUUGGCCAGGUAUCCUGCAAGCCUAUCGGUUACAGCAUACUCGUACCUUUUUGGUGUUAUUUUUCUGGUGUCAACAGCGUUCGUCAUGAACAAUGAGUCAACAGACUGGAGUUUGACUAAAUCUGAGUUUUGGGCAGUACUUUAUGCUGGAACCAUCGCAUCUGCCUUAAAUUAUGGUCUUUUGACAUGGUCCAACAAGAUCUUGGGACCUGCUCUGGUUGCACUUUAUAAUCCACUUCAACCUGCUGCAUCUGCAUUUUUGUCAAGACUUUUCCUCGGAAGCCCAAUAUAUAUGGGAAGCAUUGUAGGAGGAUUUCUGAUCAUAUCAGGGCUUUAUCUGGUCACUUGGGCAACAUAUCGUGAAAAACAACAGGCAGUUUUGGGAGGCCGCCAUUCCCGGUCAUCUGAAUUGCCAUUGAUAGGUCAAAUUUUAUCUGGGACUCCAACCUCGCUACCAAAGAUUGUGGAUUGACAGGUUUCAAAUGAUGGUUAUUUUCUGGAAUUUUCUUCUAGAUCUGUAGGAAUAUACUCGAGUAGGAAUGUUCAUCUUAGGAUUAUACAGAAUCGCCAAAAGUGACAUAUCAUUAACCAUACAUUAUUCCUUCAACCCUAGAGUUGGGUACUUUAUUGAUACUAUUAAAUUGUUUGCAUGGAAUUUGACAUUCUAAAUUUAAACCUUUAUUUUGACGAGAUCAAA